GCUACGUGCAAAACAACAUAUUUUAAGCAGCCAUUUUCGAUUUACCCAGUCCCUUGCCCACAGUUGUGCAAACACGCAUUUGAACGCUCGCUUCCUACAUCGUCAUGGCAAUUAUGCAGAGAUGUUGCUGUUUUGACAACGUCAGAAGCGGCUCGACUGCAUCGGGAAUAUAUUCCAUGAUCUAUGCUUUGAUUUCCUUGGGAUAUGGAGGAUGGCAGAUAUGGGAGUACAACCAAUAUGGUCUAUCCCAGACUAACGUUGCCUUCAUUGUGAACUGCUUCGAUCUUGCAUUGAUGUGCUUGGUUUUCUUUUCCUCCAUUCUGCUUCUUGUGGGAGUUUCAACGGACAAACGUGGCUAUCUGAUACCUUACAUGAUUGCGAUGCCCAUCGUGGUACUGAUGCAAUGUGUGUCACUUGUCUUAUUCAUCAUCAUUUUGGUCCAUCCUUCGUACUACGUGAACACUUAUGCAUAUGGCUUUGGCAUCGCUCUUCUGGUGUUUUUCACUCUUAUGGAUGGGAUUUGUUUCCUUUGUGUGGUGUCUCAGUACCAAGAGUUGAGGGAUGGGCGUGGCCGCAUUGAGGACGUACUGGCAGCCAGGCGACACACUACCUUCAUCUCCACAACUGCCCCUACCGUCGGUGGCACUGCUGUUAUUGUGACUCAACAAGGUAGCGCACCAUUGCAGGGCUAUGGAGGCUAUACGCCUCAGCAGGGCUACCCAUCCCACCAAGGCUGCCCACCACAGCCAGGCUACCCACCCCAGGUGGGUUACUCUCCCGCAGCCCAGCAGGGAUAUCCUCACUCUCCCCCUCAGGGUGUCGAAAGCCCACCUGCCUACUCUGAGAAAGAGAUGCCCUACAAUCCUUAAGUACCAUCAGGGUUCAACAUCAGUCUUCCAAAUUAUCAAGUGCAGAUUAAUACUACACCAGUCAUAAAAACCGCACAUUACCUUAAGUUUUUAGGCCAUAAAUUGAAAUCAGCGAAGUAAGAAAACAUUUCUUGGUUUCAUUUUAACGAAAUGGCAAAUUUCACCAAAACUGUCAGCAAACAAGAACAAAGUCUUUGUGAAUUAUUUCUGCAGUUUUCAAAACCACUCUUUGGCAAUCUUCGGUAAUAAUUUUGCACAUUUUCUGGUUUAAUUUAAAGCUGUAAAUACGGUCACCUCUCGUCGCAAAAAUACCUUUGCAAAGAGAGAAUUUUGAAGAAGGGCUUUACUAUAAAACGUGAAUUUCUUUUUUUAAGGUCCUUUUCAAACAUGUAAAGUUCUUGUUGUAAUCAGGCAAUUUCGGCAAAUCCCGGCAGCUCAGUCUUAAGACCGAACACAAUAAUCCAGGGGAUUUAAUCGUGUCCUCAGAAGUCCUUGCAAGUUGGAUACUGGUCGCCGUGUUUUGUGUUAAGUCACACAUUGUUCAAAAUGGACACUGUCAAAACCUUGUCGUUGUUCUUCCACGCCCUAAGUACAUGUGAGCUAUGAGUUUGGACCGGAUGGAUUUAUUUGAUCAGUGGUUGACUAGAUUGUAAAUUAUACUCUGUGACAAUCGUACCCCUUCACGUAUGCUCUGACACUUCCCUUUUCAUGAUUUAGAGGCAGUAGAGACAGCGAGGAGGAGGCCUUUCCCAGGUUAAACUUCCUCGAAACUUUCAUUCUGUGAAUUGUGUAAAGCACUCUUUAGUCAGUCAACCCGUUAUCGUCUGUAACAUUUCUGGUUAUUUCAUCGUUCUAUGGAGCUGUCAUCUAUUGUUUGUUCAUGAGUAAAUUAAUUUGUGUGCGUCUGGAAUUUUUAAACUGGGCCAUCCUUGAAUUACUACUGUUUUAAGUCAUACAGAUGGCUUUUGAUGACCAAUAUUUUUUGGUUAUAUUUUCAGCAAUUAACUAAACCAAUGAGAAGACAGAUUUUCUUUUCAGUUUUAUGCUGUCUGAAAAUGAAGAUGAAGAAUUUUUUUUAUUGACUACAGAAUUUAAACGGAGAAAUUUCUCCUUGGGAGCAAUUCAUAAAAAGGUCAAUAAUGAAGAAACUUUAACGGGGAGGCCAAAGCAAAUACAAAGCCAUAAAAAUCAUAUUGUCAGCUUGCAAGCGCAAGGGAAAAUCACACAAAGUCUGUAUUUUCUAUUGCCUUUUAAGUCUUUGAAAAACCAUUGCCGUAAAAAAGUUCAUCUUUGUCGAAAAGAAUUUAUUUCCUACCGUUACAGUGACUAAAUAUUGAAAUCCCGUCUUAAACUAGAUGGUUCAAUCCACGACCAAAGAGCCAUAAUGUCGAUGUCAUACGGCAUUCAGGACUGACUGUGAAUCCAUGUAGUGGUAUUGAAAAUAUUCAGAAAAAAAAGCUUAAAGGAUAAUAUUCGCCAAAAAAUCUCUCGUAUAAUUUUGCCCUCCAACGUUUAAAUCACGACCCAUUGUACUCUAGGAGAGAGUUGCACUGCCUCAAUUUUGCCAUGGAGAUCCUGAAGAAUGAUAGUGGUAAAUCUUAAUCUUUAUUUCCCCUGUCUAGAUCCACUUGCCGUGGUAGCAUCCUCCGGAAUUCAAAUAAAAUCUCUUCUAGUCCUGCUUAAAACUUCCCAUUUGAAGAAUAGCCCAAUUCCACAUUACAUCAACCUUAUUAAUUCAAAUUAAGUGUUUUUUUUUAAUUUUCCAAUACGUUUUGUUUUUAAGUCUUGUGUCAAUUUAGUUGUUUUACAAUGCUAAUAUGUAAUGUUUUUAUGUACCGUAAAUGUUAUAUCUUGUUUUUAUUCAUCCUGAUAUAUUUUAUUGUAAAUCAUGUACAAUUUGACCAGUGGCCACUACACAUGAAUUGAUAAACCAAUAACAAUAACAAUAAUAACAAAUAAACUGUCCAAUCGGAACAGACAGGCCUAGUAUAUUUAUUUUUUUAAAGAAAUUUUUUUAAUGAAAUCAAAUAAUAAAGAAAAAAAGAAAGA